UUGAUUCAAGGAGAAGAGGGAGGAGGAGAAAUGGAGUCCCCGAACCGGGCGCCGCGGAAGCUGGUGCAAGCAGAGACCCCCUACAGCACCGGCAGGCUCGUCGGCGGUGGACAUGCGAGGCAGGCUUCUCUUACUGAAGAAAUCAUGGUGGCGCAGGACACCGAGAGCUCAUCGGAAGUUUUAGUCAAGAACCAGAGGUUCCAGGACGUUCAGGGGACGUCCCCCGCCGGCGCCGAAGAGGUCGAGAGCCUGAAGCGCGUGGUGUCGGCCCUCGAAGAGCGGGCCGCCGGCAUCGAGUCGCGGUUCCACGACUACUGUGACGCGAAGGAGCAGGAGUCGACGUACCAGAAGAUGCAGAUCAUGUGCCUGGGGAUGAAGCUGGAGCUGCUGGAGUCCCAGAACCAGAGGCUCGAGGCGGCCGCCACGGAGAUCCGGGCAGCCGCUGAAGAGUUCGCCGUGAUGCGGGCGAGCCUCGACGCCCUGCAGAGCAAGUUCAGGAAAGCUGCCAGGAAGAGCAGGCAGGAAUUCGACGCCAUUGAUGGAAGGAUCCUGGCUCUGGAUGCCCGGGAGGCAGAGAUGGCGACGAGGUGCCGAGGCUUUGAGCAGCUCGUGGCGGAGAUGAAAGAGCUGGUUUUGCAGCUACAGAAGGGGAAAGGAACAGACAGUGAGAGCGUGGAGGUCGCCGUGGAGAGGAGCAUGCGGAAGCUGUCGAGCAGCAAGGACCUGCUGGACGGGAUGGAGGUGCUCCGGGACCGGUGGGCGGCGGACAUGGAGGAGCUGAUCUACCUCGGCUGGAUCACGGCGUGGCUGCAGCACGACCUCCUGGUCAGCGACGGCGAGGGCGCCGCCGCCAAGGGCCCGGUGGUGAUAGGCGACGACGACGAUGGCACCAACCCGACGGUGGAGGAGCAGCGCAAGAAGGGGGAGAAGAUGGUGGCGGUGGCCGCGCCGAUCAACGAGGUGGAGCUCCGCAAGACGUCGUCCAACGCGUCGUCGUGCGCCGCGGGAGAGGAGUCGUGCAUGGGGUUGGUGGGCUGCAGGGCAGGAAUCGGACGGCCGAGAUUGCUCCGCAAGAUCAAAGGGUGGGCCAGGGGAAAGGGUCCAAGCAAGAGCAGUGAGUCCUGAAUAAGUGCUGAUUAAUUUACUUGUGAUCACUCGUGAGAAUAAUGUAUGUUUGAGUCAAAUUGCGUUGUUGAAAGAUAAUAAAUAUGGUGCAUAUA